UUUGAAGCUCUGAGUCGUAAACGAAGCGCGAGAGAGAAAAACCCUAAAUUUUGGACAAAGUCUGAAAUACCAAAUUCGUGCACGAUGAUCAUUCCUGUUCGUUGCUUUACGUGUGGAAAGGUGAUUGGGAACAAAUGGGACACAUACCUUGAUCUUCUCCAGGCUGAUUACACCGAAGGAGAUGCUCUUGAUGCGAUUGGUUUAGUCCGUUACUGCUGCAGGCGUAUGCUUAUGACUCAUGUCGAUCUAAUCGAAAAGCUUCUAAACUACAACACUAUGGAGAAAUCGGACCCCAAUUAAGAAAGAUGAUAUAACGAAUAACAAAUCAGCAAGAGCCAAAGUGAAGUCUUACCUCGGAAUGAUGAUGAUGUUUCACUGUCUUUCUCUUGUUUUUGUUCGGUUUUAGGAACUUGGGUCUAAUGUAGACAGCUAUUUAGAGCCACAAAUAAAGCUUGAGCUUUUAGAUUAAAAAUUUACUUUAAUGAUUUGCUUUUGGUAA